GUUUGACCUUCGUCGGCUACCGUACCACCAAGCAGCGAGGAGUAUCACUGCCACCUCGGAGUGUGUCCGGGUGUGUUGUAUGAAGAAGAAGAAGGACCUCUCCACUGACGGGACCGUAGAAAUGACCAAACACUCACCGUCACAUUUCAAGAAUACUUUAAAGCGACACAGUGACGUUUGAUCGACGCUCCAGACGACAGAGUUAGUGUUUCCGAGUCUUAUUUCCUUGCUCGUUUAUCUUCGAUCGCGUGAAAGGCUCAGGGCUCAGAUGUAGUGAAAGUAUCCCUGUGUGUUCUUCCCACCUGAGUUAUACUCUACUGCGUCAGACACCGACAGUGAUGCGUUUCAACGAGAAGGAGCUGAUGUCUCUGAGCCGCCAGCCCUCAGAGAAAGCAGCUGAGCUGGGGAUGAGAGGACCCAAGAAAGGAGACGUAGUGAAGAAGAGACUGGUGAAACUGGUUGUUAACUUCCUCUUUUAUUUUCGGACUGAUGAGGAGGAGCCAAUAGGAGCUUUGCUGCUGGAACAAUGUAGGGUGGAGAAGGAGGACAGCCAGACUUUCUCUGUUGCAUUUUUGGAUGAAGCUGAGAAGAAGUACCUUUUUGAGUGCGACUCCGAGGAACAGUGUGGGGAGUGGGUAGACUCCAUCAUCAGGGCCAGUUAUGAGUUCAUGAGGAAAAACCUGAUAUUCUACAGAACAGAAAUCCACAGGCUCACCGGUAAGGACCCUUUGGAGCAGUACGGUAUAUCAGAUGAAACUCGCUUCCAGGUCAGUAAUGGCCUGCAGCUGAUGACGAGAGAUACCUCCUCACUGUAAAAACAGCAUCCCGUGUUCAGAUGUUUCCAUUUGUUAUUUUAGUUAACACUGCUAUUUCUGCAUUCACUCCACUGGUUAGAAGUACAUGACAUUUACAUUAGCACACAAGCGUUUCACAUUUUCAUUGAUUUGAAUGUUGUAAAUGUUGCUCCACACUUACAGAGAGGAUCUUAAAGGAGAAUAUCUGAUACUUGCAAAAGGAGAACAACAAACAUUUCUUGUACGUUGAUAUCAAUCAAUGUAGGCAACAUAAUGCUUAGUUUGUGGGAUUUUAUACACAACUUUUUGUAUCAUAUUCAGACUUGACCUUGGUGAAUUGGUUGCCCAUGUAAAACAUGUUUUAUACUCUAUAUUUUCUACUAAACAUGCUGUCCUUAAAGACAAUGUGAUUUCAUUUUGAUCUGAAUUUUAUUUUGCUGUCGAUCUGUUGCUGUGACUUUUUCAGGACAAUUAGUAAUAUGAAUUCGGGUGUGUUUAAUACAUUUAUUUACAGGACCAAUUUAGUGGAAAUAAAAUAUCAGUCAUUUAAGAAAAUACACACUGUCUGAAGCAGUUUAUGAUUUUAGAUAUUUUGCCAACCUUAGAAAACCUUUGGCACUUUAUAACUGUAUGGGCCCCUUGAUCUGCUGAGUUGAGCCAUUCAUUCUACUCUUCUUUUUUUUUUAAGUUUAUGAAAAUUUUUUAGUUAUCCCAAUUUAUGAUAACCAUCCAGCCCAUUUAGACCUGCUAGUUUUAAAUACUGCUUUUGCACAUCACUGGGAGCUUAGGGUUUAUUUUGUUUAUAAACAAAAAAAUCAAUAAUUUACUUGAAUCUACUGAACCUUUUCUGUGGCACUUGGAAUCAGAUUCCUUUAGCUAAGCUGUCAUACAAUGCUGGGACAAUUGACUUGUGACCUGACCUGUUUCUUUUUUGUCUUUGUCAAUACCACAAAAAGUCCUUUGUCACUGUGGCCACCACACAGCCAAUUUUAUGUUGCAGCCAAUGUUUAGGUGAAAUUUCACUGAUAACAUUUCACUAUGUGGUAUGCUGCACCCUUCUAACUGUUUUAUGAAUUCUGCAGUCAGGAGUCCUAAAAUAUGUCAUUGAAUGUGUUUUCUUUAUAAACUUUUGCACAUUAUAUUUGUUGAGUCUGUUUUUACUUCAUGUUCAGUCAUGUUUAUGUCACUGGCAACUCUUUUAUUUUACUAAUAAAGCCAUUUAAUAGAUACUUCAAAA